AUGUACCAAUUAACCUAUGAACCAGUGUGGAAGGAAGUAAUUCCUGAAGAAAAUACGUAUGGAGAUUCUAUCUUAAGUUACUACAUUGUUUCCAAGGCUGGUGAAAUAGAGAUAUUACCAGAGAACACAGUUACCCACUGUAGUGGUGCUGCUAGCGGUAGCCUGAAGGAAGAAAGAAUGCAAACAGAAAACAUCACAAAGGGAAUAAUUUUCUUCCUGACUACUGCCAUCGGACUGUGUGGUAAUUUAUUGAUUGUACUACUCCUGUUUGGCAUUGCCUUUCAAGAGAAGAAGAUGAUGCCUGUAGAGAUAAUACUCUGCUUCCUUGCUACUUCAAAUCUGAUGUUUCUUUUAAAUCUAGGACUGCCACAUUCACUCUUUGCAUUUGGUGUAAAAUACUUCUAUACAGACCUUGGUUGCAAAUUUGGGCAAAUUUUUAUGAGGUCAUCCAGAGUGAUGGUAAUUAGCCAAACCUGUUUGCUCAGCUGUUUCCAGGCAGUGACCCUUGCAUCCACUAAUCCCACAUGGGCUGGUCUGAAAAGCAAAAUGCAAAAACAUAUCAUUCCUAUCAUCAUGUUUCUUUGGUGUCUAAGUGUUGCAUCAAGCAUCAGUUCAGCAUUAUACCCCGUUGUUAGUAUUAAUGCCACUGAACUAAAACAUACUAUGAACCUGGGCUAUUGCCUUUCAGUUUAUCCUAGCAAAUUUCUGUUUGACCUUAUUGGAUUUAUCUCCUUUGCUAGAGAUGGAACAUUUGUGGUCCUCAUGGCCAUGGCUAGCAUUUAUAUUUUGGUGGUUCUACUCAGCCACAGAAAGCAGAUGAAGGGGAAAAGGAGUUCAGACCACAGUAAAGAUACCACAGCAGAGCUACAAGCAGCAAAGAUGGUUGUUACUUUUGUUACGGUAUAUGCACUGCUUUUUGGGAUUGAGAACACUAUAUGGUUUUAUCAAAUUAUAUUUAUGAAGGAAGCCAACAAUGCUCUCAGUGACACAAGGCUUUACCUAUCUUUCUACUUCUCUGCUUCCUUUCCUUUCAUACUUAAUGCCUUCUACCAGAAAGUUAAAAACAAAAUCAGAUUUUGUGCCUGA